CGAGUGCAGCAGCAGCAAGCGAAUAAAAAAAUCGUCAGCCCAUCAUCAGAGCGCUUUCGUCUCCGUCGACUGUUUGUGUGUGCGUUACCUUCUCCGCGUAGAUUGCAGUUUGAUCGUGCCACAAUACUUCACACAAAAGGUUUUUGUUCCGUUCGAAUUGAAAACUACUUUUUCUUCUGUGCGUACUGCGACAAUAAUCCCGUUAAGAAAAUAUUGUGCGUGUUUCCGUCGCUGUGAUAUCGAGUCGAGUCGAAAAAGAUCUAUCAGUGACGCGAAAAAUCGUUCUAACAAGAGAACAGUUUCGGUGGGACACAGUCAAAAUUUUUGAUUAUAUAAAAAAUAACCAGAAGAAAGGUGGUACGAGGUGGCGAAAAAAGAAAAUCGCUGUUGACAGUGGUGUGCCAGUUUCCAAAUUUAUUGCCCUAUUGGCGUUUCUCUUGUGGCCGUUUCGAGGAAAACGAGAUUGAAGGAAAAUUGUGCAAUAACGUUGCACAAAUUUGGAAACAAGAUCGAACAAGGCCUGUACUGCUUGAAGCAGGCAGAAACGGGAAUAUUAUUUUCGAAGAAAAAUCACGUCAUUCGGCUCUGCUGGAAGAGCAAGUGUGUACACACGCGCGGGGGUGGCCGUGGUAAUUUAGAGGAAGAGGGGCCUGCGAAAGGAAGCGAUGAAAAUAGCACACGUCGAUCAAUUGGUUAUAGCCGAAGCAGCAUAAAGUUCGAAUGAAUCGAUUGCAGUAAGACCCGGAAGAAGAGCAGUGUUCCGUUUCUGUGAUUUUUUGCUGUCGCUGCGGUGAAUUUCCUCAUCGUGGAAGCCUCAGCAAAGUAAACCACGUACGAAGUUAGUUGGCUGAAGCUGCUUAGAGGAGUUCCAAUUGAUCAUUCGAAGCUUAGUGCAACCGCAGCGGAGGAGGAGGAGCAGAAAGACACAUUCAUCGAAUAGAAGAGAAAAUAUUAAAGCAAAGACCAAAAAAACAAACCACGCAAAGAUACUGCCAAACUUCCGCCAGCAGCAGUAGCAGCUCAGCAGAGGAUUGAACCAGCGGCCAGUAACCAACAUGACCGCAACGGACAACACAAUCCGCUUUAGUGACCACACGAUGGACAAGGCGACGAAGGCGAAAGUUACGCUGGAGAACUACUACAGCAAUCUGAUCACCCAGCAUGGUGAACGAAAACAGCGGCAGGCUAAGCUGGAAGCCUCGCUUAAAGACGAAGCGCUGUCGGAGUCACAGCGGCAGGAGAAACGGAUGCAGCACGCCCAAAAAGAGACGGAAUUUCUUCGGUUAAAGCGAUCCCGGCUUGGGGUAGAAGAUUUCGAAGCACUGAAAGUGAUAGGGCGAGGAGCGUUCGGUGAGGUGCGGCUUGUGCAGAAAAAGGAUACCGGACAUGUGUACGCUAUGAAGGUACUUCGGAAGGCGGAUAUGUUGGAGAAGGAACAGGUGGCUCACGUCAGAGCGGAACGGGAUGUGCUCGUAGAAGCUGACCAUCAGUGGGUUGUAAAAAUGUACUAUAGUUUUCAGGAUUCGGUCAAUUUGUAUUUGAUUAUGGAGUUCCUACCGGGAGGUGACAUGAUGACCUUGUUGAUGAAAAAAGACACCCUUUCGGAGGAGUGCACACAAUUCUACAUCACCGAAACGGCACUGGCAAUUGAUUCAAUCCAUCGGCUAGGAUUUAUCCAUCGAGACAUAAAACCGGAUAAUCUUUUGCUGGAUGCUCGCGGACACUUGAAGCUUUCGGAUUUUGGACUCUGUACUGGACUUAAAAAGUCUCAUCGGACAGAUUUUUACCGUGACCUUUCGCAAGCUAAACCAUCGGACUUCAUCGGAACCUGUGCUAGCCCGAUGGACUCCAAACGCCGAGCUGAGAGUUGGAAACGAAAUCGACGAGCAUUGGCUUACAGUACCGUGGGCACGCCGGAUUACAUCGCACCGGAAGUGUUCUUACAGACUGGCUACGGUCCUGCUUGCGACUGGUGGUCCCUUGGCGUGAUCAUGUACGAAAUGCUCAUGGGUUAUCCGCCGUUCUGCUCGGACAACCCACAGGAUACAUAUCGGAAGGUGAUGAAUUGGCGCGAGACAUUGAUCUUCCCACCGGAGACACCCAUUUCAGAGGAAGCACGUGAUACGAUCGUGAAGUUUUGCUGCGAGGCGGAGCGGAGACUUGGAUCUCAGCGUGGUAUUGAGGAUUUGAAGCUAGUUUCCUUCUUCCGAGGAGUCGAUUGGGAGCAUAUUCGGGAGCGCCCAUCUGCUAUUCCGGUAGAGGUUCGAUCGAUCGACGACACGUCCAACUUUGACGAUUUCCCUGACGUUGCACUGGAAAUACCCGCGCAUCCAACACCGGAAGGCGAAGUUCUCAAGGAUUGGGUCUUCAUCAACUAUACCUUCAGACGGUUCGAAAGUCUGACGCAGCGUGGUACGCCAACGAAAAAAUAAGUUCGUGUUCUACGGUUCAACUUCCGAAGUCUCUUACUAUUCUAAUCUCCUGCGUUGUUUUAACUAAAUCAGCCGAGUUGAACCUCGGUGUGCACAGUGUCGAUUGGCAAACAAUAUAGAGAAAGUAUAUUUAACGACGUGAUCGUAAUAACAACCCGCUCGGGUCUGAGCAGGGCAUUAACAGAAUGACUCAAUUGAAUGGUGUAAUUUAGUAUCCUCUUUAAGAAGUACAGAUGUAAAAAAUUUAAACACACGCUCGUAAAAUCAAAGAAUAUCGAUAAUGCAAGCUAAAUUCCUUCCCAUCUGCUUUUAGAUUCGAUUUAUUGUGUAGUUUUCCAUAUUUUCCAGCUUUCACAGCCAAGUAGACUUACGUUACAUUAUGUUAACAAAUAACAAUGAAACGCUUGCUUAGCAAAUAUGAUGUCACAUACUUUGUUGCAAAUUCGCAUCUGACACAGACAUCCAAAUAAUAAUCUUUAUCCCUGCCCCUGUAAAGAAAUAUGAACAAAAGCAAACCAUAAUCCGUUCUGAUGCUUAGGCUAGUUGAAGAAGUAAUGAACUAUUUAGUGAGAAAGACAGCAAAGGAAUCCAUGUGCAACUUCAGUUGAAACGUCCUAUCUGACAGAGAAAAUUACUUAUACAUAAAAUAUCGAACGAAGGUAUCAACUAGGGAAGGGAGCAACUAAACGAGAGAGCAUUUCCAGCAGGAAUGAAUGGACAUAAAGCUAAAUAGUAUUAGUAGGUAGUUAUUAUUUUAAAACCAUUAUUCUAAUUUUAGGUUUGAAUGUUUUAGGUUAGUAGAGCAAGCCAACACACUUAUUUCGAUAGGCAAGUAAAAUGCAAGUGAUCUGUUUAGUUGUGUACAUAAUCACAGGUUCAAAAUGGGAACGAAAUGCGCGAUCCGCAGUUUUUUUCCUUACUAAAAAAAUGUUUACAUCAAUAUUUUGUUUUUGCUAGAAGCAAAGGUUGGUCAUCUAUCAAAAAGUUCUUGUUUAGGUUUUUAUAGAAGUUUUAUUUAUAUUUUUUCUGUAUCGAAAUACAAAUAGUGUAAACAAUGUGUGGAGAUGCAGAAUUUGUGUUUUGUUUUUGCUUGUUUAAUGAAGGACAUAAAACUCAUGAGUUUUGAAGGAGGGGAAAUAUAUUUAAGUAAGCAAAGGAUGAAAAUAGCUGUAGUUAAUUUGUUUCCUUUCCUUAGUUGCGGAUAUCCCUGUUUCCAUCCUUACCUUGUAAAUGAAGUGUCGUUUUGUUCUCCACACUUUUUCCUGAAUUGCAUUCGCAGAGCUACACACAGCCCUAUACUGAUGAAUAAAGUGAUACAUAGAUUAACGUGA